AUGUCUGUCCAAUUAAGUAACUACCCGUCUAAUUCAACACAUCCUCAACUUGUCCCGAAGGAAGAGGAAGGAAUCCUAAAAUACCUCCUCGAUGUAAGAAACUACCUACAAAACCUCAAAAGAAAUAGGACCCAGUACCUAAAUUCUCAAGCUGUCCAAAAGACAUACCAAGAAGUCCUCACAAAAGUUAGAGAACUAGAUGAAAUCAGGAAAAAUAACCACGCAACUCCAUCAAACAGCGCUACUACUUUAAUCCAUAGUAUGGAAUUACACAAUAGAGUCGACUCGGUCCUCGAUGAUGUCUUCCAGUUAUUAUCAUUAUGCUUCUUGACUGUCGGAUUGAAAAACUCUGCUCCAGCUACAUAUGCGUCCCUAUCCACCGUACAAAGCUUACUAGAACAUUUAAACGAAUCCAAUAUCUUCACUCACCAUGAUUUAGGCCCCAUCAAGGAACGUCUGGAUCAAAUCUCCAAGAUUGUAGAGGAAAGCUGUUCUCAGGAGAUUAAGUUGGAUAACGAGGGGGAUGAUCAAUUCAAUCAAUAUUUAGAUGAAACUGAAUUGGAACAGAACCAAAAUAAAAUUGAGCAAGAUCUCUUAUUACGUGCCAAAUUACAACAUUGUUUAGAUGAAUAUCAUGAAAUUGAAUCGAAAUUGGAAGAGAUUGAUCCCUCUUUGAAUAGUAUCUUGGAAAAAUUGUUCCAAAUUAGAAGAGGGUUGCUUUCUCUUGUGGCUUCAGCGAAGAAAAAUUCCUUGUUGAGUCAAAAGGAAUUAGAUGAAAAACAUUUGAUUUCUCCGGAAUAUUUAAAUAAGAAGUUGCUAGAGUUGGAGAAAGAAUUCAAAGAUUUAGAAAGUAAUCGUGAUGAAUUUGGGAAAUUCAAAUCUUUGGAAACUGGAGAAAUACCGGAGAAUGGCCAAAACGUUUUGAAAGGUUUGGAAGAUGAUUGUAACGAUUUAAUUAAUGAUUUGUCUCAUCAAACUAAUGGGAGGUUGACUUUGGAUCCAGAUUUGCAACCCGUUUAUGAACAAUUAAUUGAAAUUAAAACUACUUUGGAAAAAUUAAUGAUAACAAGAAGAUGGACCUUGAGAGAGACUGACCUGUUUACUUACCAGAAAAAAUUAGGUGAAAUUGAUAACUUAAGAGUUAAGGGCAAAUUUCCCAGUAAAUCAUCAGACUCUAAGGGACAAUUCAUUAUCUUAUAUUUGCUGCGUAGAUGUUACGCUAUCAUAUACAAGUUGUUAGAGUGUUCAGAACCGGUAUCUGAAUCAUUACAACCAAUCCAUAACCAGCUCUCCACUGUACGCCGUUGUUUAUUGGAUAUCAAAAGAUUAGGUGGUGUUAGUAACGAGAGAGAAUUAUAUCCAUACCAAAUGAAACUGGCUUCUUUAGAUAAUUUACGUAAAGACGGGAUCUUUUAUGAUUCUGAUGGUAAUAUUCCAGAAGGUCAAGGUACUUUGAAUGCUUUACUUGCCGCAUGUUUCGAUAUUGUUCAUGAAAUGAAAGUGGAAGCUGAAGCAAAUAACAAAAGUAAUGACACAUCCGAUAAUGAUGACACUAAUAGCCAAUUUUAA